AUGCCGACUCUUCCGAUUCUCAAACUCCCAAUUCUCGUUCUGAUAAACAUUCUAAGAACAAUCGAUAUUGAGACAGUAUUCUCCAUCUCAUUAUGUUCGCGUAAAAUGUGCUAUCUCGUCAAGAACCUCCGAAAGAAAUCUGUUAAUCUCAGGCUUGAAAUUGACGGGGAAAAGUCGAGUGUAGAGGUAGUGACACCGGAAGGUAACUUCUAUCAAGUCAAAGUUGUAGAUGGAAAGUAUAGACACCUUGAAUCAGUGAAUAUUAAUGGUCACCUGGUACCCAUAAAUCGUUCUAGAAAACAGGGCUGGGAAACCUAUUGGGAUGAUAAGAUGGAAGGAAUGCAAUCCGUAAUGGAGUAUCUAUCGGAUCUACUUGGGAUUAAAAAUGUGACUACAAUCACAGUAACCCCUGAUACAUUGAAGUUGCUGGAUGUUAUUAAGGAGAGACAAGGGAAUGAUUAUGAGCUUGGCAUUUAUUAUCAAUUAAGUGAGCAAGAAUCUCAUUUCAUUUUGGAGAAUCACCCUGCAAAAGUAUUAAGAAUCAGGGGAUUCUCUCACAACUUUCCUAUCGGAAAAUACCUGAAAUCAAUCGACUCACUGAUUGUUCCCACAAAAUUAUUGAUUACUCUCGAUGAUCUACUUAACAUGAACUGCGUGGAACUGGCUUUAACAGGCACAUUUCUUAUUGCAUCUCAAAUCAAAGAGAUUCUUCAACACUGGAGUAUCGGAGGGCUCCAACGACUCAAAUACCUUAGAUUAUAUGUUGAAGACUUUAAUAUUGAAGAUGUACUUGGAGAGUUGACUCACACUCGGAUGACGGAGCAGAAAAUAUAUAAGUCAAAUGUUGAAUAUGUCACUUUUAGUGAUCGUCUCAUUACCCGGAAUGAUGGUGUCGUUGCAUCUCUUCAAUAUGGCGAGCAUUUCAGCAAAGUUCAAUUUGGUGUGUGGCCGGAUUCGGAAGGAAAUGAAUACUUAUAA